UCUCCACCAUCUCUUUCUCUGUUUUUCUCACCGACGCUGCCAAUAACCAACCAUGGAACUUCCUUCUUGGGUUUCUUAUGCAGCGGCAUGGGUAGCAACCGUGGCCCUCCUCCUCCUUUCCCGGCGGCUCCGUCGCCGGAAGCUCAACCUGCCGCCGGGUCCCAAACCAUGGCCCUUCAUCGGAAAUCUCAACUUGAUCGGCUCUCUGCCCCACCAGUCCAUUCAUCAGCUCUCCAGAAAAUACGGCUCCAUCAUGCACCUCCGAUUCGGGUCCUUCCCUGUCGUUGUCGGAUCCUCCGUCGAAAUGGCAAAGAUUUUCCUCAAAACCCAUGAUCUCACUUUCGUGUCGCGCCCCAAAACCGCCGCCGGAAAGUACACCACUUAUAACUAUUCCGACAUCACGUGGUCCCAAUACGGCCCUUAUUGGCGCCAAGCUCGGAAGAUGUGUUUGAUGGAGCUUUUCAGCGCCAAACGGCUUGAUUCUUAUGAGUACAUUCGCAGGGAAGAAAUGAGUGCUCUGCUUAGAGAUAUUUACAGAUCUUGUGGCAGAGCAAUCCAGGUGAAGGACUACUUGUCCACUGUGAGUUUGAAUGUGAUUAGUAGGAUGGUUUUGGGGAAGAAGUACACGGAUGAAUCGGAGAAUGCCAUUGUUAGUCCAGAUGAGUUCAAGAAAAUGUUGGAUGAGUUGUUCUUGCUGAGUGGUGUGCUGAAUAUUGGGGAUUCUAUUCCGUGGAUAGACUUUUUGGAUUUGCAGGGUUACAUAAAGAGGAUGAAGGCGUUGAGCAAGAAGUUUGAUAGAUUCCUUGAGCAUGUGUUGGAUGAACAUAAUGAAAGGAGAAAGGGGAUUAAGGAUUACGUGGCUAAAGAUAUGGUGGAUGUUUUGCUGCAGCUGGCUGAUGAUCCAGAUCUUGAAGUCAAACUUGAAAGGCACGGAGUCAAGGCAUUUACUCAGGAUCUUAUAGCAGGUGGAACGGAGAGCUCGGCGGUGACGGUUGAAUGGGCAAUGUCGGAGCUUUUGAAAAAGCCAGAAAUAUUCAUCAAGGCCACAGAAGAGCUCGAUAGAGUGAUCGGAAAGGAAAGAUGGGUGGAAGAGAAAGACAUCACUAAUCUGCCAUACAUCGACGCAAUUGCGAAGGAGACAAUGAGGUUGCAUCCUGUAGCACCAAUGCUAGUGCCUAGAAUGUCUCGGGAGGAUUGCAAAAUUGCAGGCUAUGACAUAGCUAAAGACACCAGAAUACUUGUGAAUGUGUGGACAAUUGGGAGGGACCCUGAAGUUUGGGAGAAUCCAAAUGAAUUUAACCCAGAAAGGUUCAUAGGAAAGAGCAUCGAUGUGAAAGGCCAAGACUUUGAACUUUUGCCAUUUGGGUCUGGAAGAAGGAUGUGUCCCGGGUACAGUCUUGGUCUAAAGGUUAUUCAGUCAAGUUUGGCCAAUUUGCUGCAUGGAUUUUCUUGGAAAUUGGGUGGGGAUAUGAGGAAGGAAGACUUGAACAUGGAAGAAAUUUUUGGUCUUUCAACUCCAAAGAAAUUCCCACUUGUUGCUGUAGCUGAGCCUCGACUUCCUCCUCAUCUUUACUCCAUGUGAUCAUGAAAUGCUCCCUUACAAAAAUAUAUAGCUGAAUAAAAAGUUAAUGUUUAUCUUCCUUGAUAUGCAAAAAAAAAAAAAAAAAAAGUUUGAUUUGAAAUGUAUUUCACGCAUGAAUUCCAAUGUUAAAAAAAUGGAGAUCUUUUUUGUUA